AUGCUCCUGGAGGUUCUCCUGGUUCGCCUUGACGAGGCCGAGCUGGUCGUUUUGAUCGCCCCCUACGUGCCAUGCUACAAGAUCAACGUGGUGUUUGUGGUGAUUUUCACCCACAUCUGGCUGAUCUUGGGCUGGAUCGGCUCGCUCCAGGAGGGCUUCCUGUUUGAGGACGCCAGCUGGAACUCCUUCUUGGCCACCGGGGAGUGGCAGGCCCUGCAGGUCACCAGCAAGGGCAUCUUCAUCGGCAUCACCGCCUGCGGCAUUGCCAGUUUGCUCUUCAUCCAGAUGCCAAUCUUGGCUGCCGUGUACAUCUGCAAGGGCUGCUGCAGGAAGCAUCCAGACCUGCCGCCGCACUACCUGCGGCUCAUGGCCACCGUGUGGUUCACCUGGCCGGCGUUCCCAGCCUGGUGGCUGCUCAGCGCGGAGGGCCUCGGCCUCUUGCAGGGCGCCAAGAGCAACGCCCUGGGCUUUGCGCUGCUGAACAUGAUCUCCAAGGGCACAUUCACCAUGGUGAUGCUGGGCGUGGGGCCGCAGUACAAGAAGGACUUCGGCCAGGCGCUGCGCUCCAACACGGCGGCCAAGCUGCCGGAGCAGUUCUGGCUGGUGAGGUUCCUGAAGUCCUACGACUCUGGGUCCCUGCCCGAUGCCGAGGGCUGCGACCCCAAGUCGCUGGAUGAGGAGCCCGCAAAGCCAGAGAAGGUGUCGCUUGAGAGGGAGCCCGAGGCGCCGGCGGCUGAGCCGGCCGAGCCGGCCGAGCCGGCCGAGCCGGCGGCGGAGCCAGCGCCCGAGGUGGCAGCGGCAGGCACCGAUGCUUCGCAAGACUCCAUCCACACGGUGGAGACGGCUCGUUUGUGA